ACAACAGAGCGGUUCAUUGUCAUUACGCCGCCGGCUCCCGUUCGAAAAUGUUCUGCGAUGAGUACAUAGGGAAAUUCCUUACGAUCCUCGGCGGCCUCUACCUUUUGAAGUGUACAGUCUCCUUUCUGUUCAAGUUCUGGUUCGGUUUUAGGGCUUAUUUGUGGAGCCGGAUCGCACCGAGAGCUGACUUGAAGUCGAAAUACGGCCCCUGGACUGUUGUUACUGGAAGUACUGAUGGACUUGGUAAGGAGUUUGCACUGCAGCUUGCCAAACAGGGCAUGAAUAUAGUCCUAAUCAGUCGAAGUGAGACAAAACUGCAAAGCACCGCAGCUGAAAUAAAGGCACUAUAUGAUGUCGAAGUACAGUACAUUCAAGCGGAUUUCUCAUCCACUGACGCUUAUGACAAAAUAAGAAAAGUUUUAGAUGGCUUAGACAUUGGAAUUUUAGUCAACAAUGUUGGGAUAUUAAAUGAACGGCCUGAAUCAAUAGCGGACCAAAGUGAAGAAUUUGUUAAAACUAUAGUAAAUGUGAAUAUUAUAGCGACAACCAUCAACACGUUGAUUGUUCUCAAUCAGAUGAAAAAGAAAAAUAGAGGAAUGAUUAUUAAUAUGGGUUCUCAAAGUGGUGUUUUCCCAGUGCCGUACAUAGGGAUUUAUAGUUCUACUAAGGCUUUUGUCGACCAUUUUUCUGCAGUUUUAGACUCCGAACUUGAACAUACCAAUAUUAAAAUUAAGUGCUUCAGAGGAGGAUUUAUCAAGACUAAUUUAUUGGCGCAUAUUGACGAAAUGGUCAAUUUCUACAGGAGAUAUUUCCCUCCGGCCGUACCAGAUGCGAAAACAUAUGUAGAAAGCGCCAUCGCAACAUUGAACACAAAUGCGACUUUCACGUCUGGCUAUUGGGGGCAUGGUUUGGUGUUGUUCGUAGUCGAAAAUUUCAUGAACAAUUAUGUGAAGGCUAAAUUUUCGAAGUUUAUAAUGACUAGCAAGUUAAUUUGGCGGACAAAGAAGAAAUAGUACUUGCAGUAUUUUUUACACCAAAGUGACAUUUUCUUUGUUACAUCUGUUGUUAAACGUUUUGUACUAUUUAAAAAAUGUAUUGUUUUCUAGAAGUUUCUACUAACAGUUGUAAAUACUUAAGAAUAGAAUAAAGAUUUGAACAUUAAUAAAAGUA